CCCACCAUGGCGCGCACCCACGCCCGUCUCGGCCUCGCGCUCCUCGUCGCGCCGCUCGUGCUGCUGCUGCUCGGCGUCGGCCUGCUGGCGCACCAGCCCGCCGCGGCCCCGCGCCUCGCCGCCCUCUGGCCGCUGCGCACUGCUCAGCCGGCGCGCCACAGCGGCGCCGCCGUGCACACCUUCACCCUCGCCUCGUCGCACGUCCACGAGCUCGGCGGCCGCCGCUCCGCCUCCUUCAACGCCUCGGCCGCGCCGCUCGCCGCACUCGCCGCGCUGCCGCAGCGCCCCGAGCCGCUGACGCUGCGCUCCUACCGCGCCGACAUUACGCGCCCGCGCAACGCCCGCGCCCACACGGCCGCGCGCCUGGCCGCUGCAGCCCACGUGCCCGAGCUUGAGUGGGAGACGCUCUCGAUGCCGCACCCCAACAUCAGCGACCGGCACACGCUGCGCACGCUGGCGCGCAUGGCCGAGAUUGCCUACUACGCGCCCAACGACACGAGUCUGCCGCACGGCGGCUGGGUGCCCGACGCCGGCUGGAACAUCAGCCAGAGCUUCGGCUGGGCCGACGACGGCAUGCGCGGACACGUCUUCAUCGACCCCAAGGCGGACCCGCACGGCAAGGACAUCGUCGUGCUCGCCAUCAAGGGCACCAGCGCCAGCGUGCUGCCCGGCGGCGGCGACACGGCCAAGCGCGACAAGGUCAAUGACAACCUGCUCUUCUCGUGCUGCUGCGCGCACGUCGGCUGGACAUGGCGCUCCGUCUGCGACUGCUUCGGCUCGUCGGACCCGCCGCCGUCGCACACGACGGACGUGCCGGAGCCGACCGACGGGCCCUGGGGCGCAUCGGCGGCGCGCAAGCGUGCGCAGGUGGCGUGGGGCGCCGACCCCAAGGCGCCGACGUGCUCCAAGCCGUGCCUCAGCACCGCGCUCGUGCAGAAGUCCCUCUACUACCCCGCCGCGACCGAUCUCUUCAACAACGUGUCGUAUGCGUUCCCGGACGCAGACAUCUGGAUCACCGGUCACUCGCUCGGCGGCGCCAUUGCCUCGCUGCUCGGUCACACGUUUGGCGUGCCCGUCGUGACGUUCGAGGCGCCGGCUGAGCGCAUGGCGGCGCAGCGUCUGCACCUGCCCAUGCUGAGCAAGCACGCGUCGUCGGAGCACAUCACCAACGUGUACCACAGCGGCGACCCCAUCCCCAUGGGCGAAUGCGUCGGUGCAGCCUCGUGGUGCGCCACGGCCGGCUUCGCAAUGGAGUCGCGCUGCCACACGGGCCGCACGGUCCUCUACGACACGACGCGUCUGCUCGGCUGGAGCUCCAACAUCCUGACGCAUCGCAUCGCCAAUCUCAUCGACGAUCUCUUCGCCACCGACUGGGACGAGCUGGUGCGCGGGCGCCAGAAGGACAAGAAUCCGCCGCCGAUUCUGGACGAUGAGCUGGAGAAGCUCAAGGCGGUGCCCAAGACGAUUAGCGAGAAGAAAUGCACCGACUGCACCGGCUGGAAGUUCACCGACGACGAGCCGGACAGCAUGCGGCCCAGCCGCACGCGUCUAGGCCUGCACGAGGACGACUUCUGA